CUAGUUUGAGCAGUGAACACUGAUUCCACGAGCUGCACGCACAUGCCCUUCUAGUCUCUCGAGCUUGGCCAAGAUGAGUAAUUUAUUGCUGUUCUUCGAGCACUAGCUGCGCAAGCUGAAAGAACUGUAUGUAAGUUGUUUUUGCCUUAUUAGAACCAAUUUGUAUGUAACAAUAGAGAUUUGAGGGAGAAGAGCAUCACUCACAGAAGUUUGCUACAACAGAUCAGAGCGCGUCAACGGCAGUGAUUUGAAGAAUAAAUGCGAGGUGAUGUGAGGCGUCGCUGAACAACCUGAGAAACAAACCGACGUUUUUGACGUUCUGGUUGGAAAUAAAGAAGCAAGUAAAGACUGCUUAUCGAAGGGGCAUACGGAUACAGUUUUUAUGUAUUGUUAUUUUUCAUUCUUGUUAAUCAAGAAAACAUAUCACAAAACACUCAUUGAUAUUAUUAAUGGUUGAAGCGUUGCAAUGGAGGGUAUCAACAAGCCAAGAUCUGCAUUGUGAAACGAUAUUAUAAGAGUCACUAUGAAGGUAUUGACACUUUAUGACGGGGCAGCCUUUGGACUUCUGUGGAGUUGUCUUGGUUUUCUUCAGAGUGUUCAGUGCGGUUUAGGGGAUAACCAUGUGCAUUCGAGCUUCAUUUACAGGCGGUUGCGUAAUCACGAAAGGAGAGAAAUUCAAAGAGAAAUUCUAUCGAUUCUGGGUUUACCACAUCGUCCUAGGCCGUUCUCCCCGGGGAAACAAGCAUCAUCGGCACCCCUGUUCAUGCUAGAUUUGUAUAAUGCUAUGACGACCGAGGAGGAGGACGCAAUAGUGGAAAAUACUAGGAAGGGGGUCAAUGGAAAAUCUCUUGGAAAUUCGCGUAAAGGCUACUAUGGGUCUCCACAUGGAUAUUCUCGCGUGGCGCAGCCCUACCGCGCUGCAAACUUGACAAGUCAGAGUCCACCUUUGGCUACUUCUCAUGACACCAACUUUCUGAAUGAUGCCGAUAUGGUUAUGAGUUUUGUAAACAUGGUGGAGAGGGACAGAGACUUCUCUCACCAGAAGAGACACUAUAAAGAGUUCCGUUUUGACCUGACUCAGAUUCCGGAUAGGGAAGCUGUGACUGCAGCUGAAUUUCGCAUCUAUAAAGAUCACAGUCAUGGCAGAUAUGAAAAUGUCACACUUAAGGUCUCCAUAUACCAAGUUAUCAAGGAAUAUCAAAACAGGGAUGCUGAGACAUUUUUACUUGAUUCAAAGAAGGUCCGUGCCUCAGAUGGAGGAUGGCUCGUGUUUGACAUCACAGCCACAAGUAACCACUGGGUGCUUAACCCUCAGCAGAACAUGGGCCUUCAACUCUGUGUGGAGACCAUGGACGGUCGAAGCAUCAACACAAAAUCUGCUGGAAUCAUUGGAAGGAGUGGGCCACAAUCCAAGCAACCUUUUCUUGUCGCAUUUUUCAAAGCCAGUGAAGUGUUGCUGCGUUCCGUAAGGGCCACUGGGGGCAAGAAGAAGAAUCACAGCAGGAACAAAAGCAGAAGUCAACAGAAAACCUCCCAGGCUCCCCGGAGUGGAGAUCAAAACACCAGCGAACAGAAGCAAGCCUGCAAGAAGCAUGAGCUUUAUGUGAGCUUUCGUGACUUAGGAUGGCAGGAUUGGAUAAUUGCCCCUGAGGGCUAUGCAGCUUUUUACUGUGAUGGAGAAUGCUCAUUUCCACUCAAUGCACAUAUGAAUGCAACAAAUCAUGCAAUUGUGCAGACAUUGGUCCAUCUUAUGUUUCCUGAUAAUGUGCCAAAGCCGUGCUGCGCUCCAACCAAGCUGAAUGCUAUAUCUGUGCUGUACUUCGAUGACAGCUCAAAUGUAAUUCUGAAGAAAUACCGCAACAUGGUAGUCAGGUCAUGUGGCUGUCAUUGAGAGUAAACUACACAUGUGUUUGGGAGCUUGUUUGACAGACACAGCUUAAGCAUGGUCUUGGGCUAAAUUACACCAGCAGUGGAAAUUAUCUAUCAAAAGUCAUUUUAAAUCUAGGACUCUAGGUUAAUAAGUGUGUAUAAACCUCAGUGAUAUUGCUGGACUUAAGUCCAUACCAAAUAGAUUAUUUUGACAUUUGAUGUACAGUGUUAUGUAUAUAUUAGCUCAUUAAUGCUGUUAUUUAUUUUACUUUGAAAUAACUGUUUCAAUAGACAUUUUGCAGAACAAAAAUGCCACUUGCAGAUACAUGUCCAAUAUCGAAUAGUCUUUCAUAAAAUGCAAGCAGUAGCUGCUGUUAUUACAUUGGUCAUCAACAAUGUUUAUGAUGAUGUUAAAUAUGGAGGUUUUAACUUAAGAUGACUAACAAUUACCCACUCAAUCAAGGCAUUGCUGAUCUUUUAAGGUGAGACACUUUUGCUCAAGGAUGAUGAAAAUUACCCAGUUCUUAUGUUGACAGCAUUGAGUUUGUCACAGUAAAUUAUUAUUAAAUAUGGUAAUGUAUUAAGAUGAAAUCUCCCCAGUACCAUUUAGAGUGACUAGUUAAGUUCAGAUAUCAGUGAAUGCAUAAACCUAGGGAAAACCUAUGGAAGAUUUGUUUGAGGUAAUAGUCAUCCAAGUUGCUCCUGAAUUUUGUACAUUUAAGCUAGUAAUUGAGUAAUAUAUUUUGGAAAACCUUUUUGAAAUAAUUUAC